CGUAAUCGAAACCGUCCGCAUCUGACAGUGAAGGAAAGAGAACAGAGGCCAUGGCGUCUCUCCCGGUGCCAAGCGUGCAGGCCAUGGUGGCGGCCAUCGGCAUCGACCAUGUUCCACCCAGAUACCUCCGCCCCACGGACGCCGACGAGCCGGUCGCUUCUGACGGCGGCGAGGCGGAGAUCCCCGUCGUCGACUUCUGGAGGCUGCAGCUCGGCGACGGCGACGAGCUGGCUCGCCUCCACAUUGCCUGCCAGGACUGGGGCUUCUUCCAGCUGGUAAACCACAAUGUUCCAGAGGAUGUGGUGGAGGGGAUGAAGGCCAGCAUCAAGGGAUUCUUCGAGCUGCCUGCGGAGACCAAGAAGCAGGUCGUUCAGGAGCCAGGGCAGCUGGAAGGCUACGGUCAGCUGUUCGUUGUGUCUGAAGAUCAGAAGCUCGACUGGGCUGACAUCCUCUACGUGAAAACGCAGCCGUUGCAGGACAGGAACCUCAGAUUCUGGCCUGACCAACCUGCCGGCUUCAGAAUGGCACUGGACAGAUACUGCGCGGCUGUGAAGAUCACAGCGGAUGGCCUUCUGGCUGCCAUGGCGACCAACCUGGGAGUGGAGUCGGAGGUGAUCGCAGAGAGAUGGGUGGGUGGAGUCCAGUCGGUGAGGGUGCAGUACUACCCUCCGUGCGGUCAGGCGGACAAAGUAGUCGGCAUCUCUCCUCACUCUGAUGCUGAUCUGGUGACCAUUCUCCUCCAAGCGAACGAGGUGGAUGGCCUGCAGAUCAGGAGAGGCGGGGCUUGGCUUCCCGUCAGGCCUCUGGAGGGCGCUCUCAUCGUCAACGUGGGAGACAUUCGUCAGGUCUUCACUAAUGGGAGGUACAAGAGCGUCGAGCACCGGGUUGUUGUGGAUGGGAAGAAAGAGCGGCUGUCGAUGGCGACCUUCCAUUCUCCAAGCAAAAACGCCAUUGUAGGUCCUCUGAGCGAGAUGGUGGAGCAUGAAGACGAUGCUGCUUAUACAAGCAUGGACCAUGACGAACUUCUGAAGCUCUUCUUCGCCAAGAAGCUGGAGGGGAAGAACUUCUUGAACCCGAUAAAGAAGCUGAAGAACAGCGGCUGACCAAAGGAGUGGAAAGGAGACUUGCUCUGCUUGCAACAUGUGUCUGUCCAAAACAGGACAUGUCCUUCACUUUUUUAAACACGUAGUUAUCAAAUUGUUUGAAAAAUUAAAUAAGAUUUGUACAGUAUAUAUCUAUUGUCCGAGUUGUUUUAGUAGACAGUCAAAUGAUUCUUUAAAUACUCAAUGUAAUAUUUGUGGUAGAGGUUGAGACUUUACUAAAAUCAGUAGGAUGUUGAUAUGUAACAUGUGUUUCACUUAUUGUUCGAUGCAACAUCUUCAAAUAAGGAGUAAAAUAUAAUUGUCUAAA